AUGAGCGCGACGGGCGCGGCCAGCGAGCACCCCGAUGCUCGCGUGGAUCCCAGCCCACGCCGCCGGCUCUUCAAAUUUCGCAUUACCAAGCUCGGCGAUGAAGUGCUUUCAGUGCGAAAGAAUAGCACGAGCUCACGCCGUCAGAGCUCCGCCAGCAGCGCCAUAUCCUCGCAGUCGCUGGCCCUCAACGCCGAAGAAGCCACCGGGCCGUCUCCACCACCGGGGGGAAGCUCGCCGCAAACGUCCAAAAAACGGCACAGUCUUGUUGAUGUUUUCCGACGCAAGAGUCGCCCGUCGCUUCCCGUCAUUGAGGCAAAGCUGGAAGCUGCCGACUCGGACCGCGUCUGUGCUUCCCCGGACGCAAAUGCUUCACCCUCGCCUUCCCCCGCACAGCAACCAGACUCUCAUUCUACCUCGCCGAACCUCAAUCCCACCAUGACCACGGAAACACAGCCAACUGAUGGAAAUGAUGCUUCACCCGGAGCUUCAAUGGCAACGAGCACCUCACCUGCAGAUCUCGACCCCGCCGGCGACCCAUCCAAGUCACCUUUUCUUCGCCGAGCCGUGUCUGGUCAAUUGACAGCCGCACAACGCGCCUCGAUUCGCUCGUUACGCAUGUCCAAGCGAGCUUCGCGCCCCUCACUUCACCAGGCUGGCUUUGUUCCGGUGGCUGGCCCUUGCAUGCGACGUGAUGAUUCUUCCACCACAGUGGCCUCGGGUACAGCUGUGUUUCGCAUCACCGAUCUCGACAUUGGCAGAGAGUUGGGCCAGGGCUUCUACGGUCGCGUUUUGCUUUGUCGACACAAAUUCACUAACGAGGAAUACGUUCUCAAAGAACUGACGCGCUCGGAUCCCGAGGCUCAGGCCAAAUUUGUCCAGGAAAUGUCCCUGCUCAAAAGCCUGUCGCACCCCAACUUGGUCAAGUUCAUUGGCCUCUUUUAUCGAGAAGAACGCUUGCACCUUGUGAUGGAAUUUGUGGACAAUGGUACUCUCAAAACACUCUUGGAAACUUCCAAAACUCCUCUCUCUUGGGGUCUACGCACCGAAAUGGCUAAUGACAUUGCCAGUGGCAUGGCCUGUCUCCACGAGAGAUCCAUCAUCCAUCGUGACCUGAAGACCGAAAACUGCUUGGUGCGCUCCAAUAUGAGCGUUGUUGUCGCGGACUUUGGCUUGGCUCGAGCGCACGCCGCUUUGGCUCGGGUCUCGGGCUCGGUUAAGGUGGCUAGCAUGGGAGGGCAUCGUGUGCCACAUGUCUUGCUUUGCUCACCCCCAACGAGCAGGUUCUUUGGCAAAGAAUACAACGAGACAGUGGAUGUGUUUUCUUUCGAUCCAGACGAAGUUCGCACGAUGCAGUUUGGCCUUGAUGAGACCAAAAUUCGUGCCUUGAUUGAGCCUGGGUGUCCAGAAGAUUUGGUGCGCCUGAUGAUGCGUUGCGCGUGCUUGGAACCGGAGCAACGACCCAGCUUUGAUGCCGUCGACGCUGAACUUUUCCUGCUAGACCUCAAGUUUGCGACGAGUACAUCAAUCAGCAGCCCCAAGGCUGCGUUGCUACCUGCAUCCUCCCCAAAGCCUGACAGCCACUCCAAUCAGGAUGAUGAACCGGGCAAUGAUGACGGUGAUGGCGAUGCUGGCGAAGGCAAGGGCAACGACAAAACAGCAGGCGCCGCCGGAAAGCAGCCAAAGUCCAUCAUCACUGUUUGUUAA